CAGAGUUUUCUCACACAGGAGCACAUGAAGUUUUCUUGUGAACUGAGACCGAUACACGCAAAAGAAGACAGACUCAACUUAGAAGCACCUUUCAAAUCAUGGAUUUCAGAUUGUACACCGGCACACAGAGACGUAUAUCCAACUGUUUUACGGAAAAAUACCUCCUGACUCGCUGAACACUUGGAAAUGCUUUUCUGAAAGGCAGGUGAACUAUGUUCUCCUGCAGUCCCAGGGAGAUUACAGUAGGACAUGCUUCCAGCCACUGAUCAGAUCGACUUCAUUUGCAGUGUCAUGGGAAUCUUGCUCGCUCAGAGGAGACUUCACUGUACCACUGAAUACACAAAGGUGGUAGCAGUCUUUAUGUGAAAAUCUGCUACAUGGAACCUGUUGGUGUGUCACUAAACAGGAUUGCAGGAUAGUUUUGUUAUUGGCACCCUCCAGGAGAAGGUAAGAGGAGCUGUGGAGAUUUGUCCACACAAAGCCCUUUUGUUCCCAGUCAGCGGCAGAGGUGGAAUAGGAGCAGCUUGGCUAACUAGAGGUGGGGUGACAAGCUUUUCUUUUUUUUUUGGUGACAUUUUGCUGGUGCAACUACUUGUUUUGGUUUGCAUCAGCUCUCAGCUGGAGUGACAAAAAUGAACAGUGCAAGUAGUAACUUACUUGAACAGGGCAAACAGCCCGGUAGUUACCUCCAAGGUGUCUUGGGCACUUUCUUCACCCGGGAUCGUUCUGCCUCUUCAAACGUGGAGUCGGCCAUGCUGGUGUCGUUUAAAGAGCUGCCAGAUGGAGAGACAUAUGAUGCUGAUGAUAGUCGAGCUAUUAACACUGAAAACAAACUCCAAGUGAGGGAAGAUUUGGCUCAGGGUGAUGUGGCUGCGAGCUGUUAUACAGUACAAAAGGUUGAACCAUCAAUCAGUGACUCUGGUGAACAAGUUAAAGUAGCAGCUGGAGUCCCACUUGACUCAGAUCUGGUCCAGGUCACCAUGGUGGAAACGCAUAGCGACACAGAAAAUGAGGACGAUGAAGCGGCCCACAAGGCCAGUAAGUCUACGCUGCCAGAGGAGGACGAUAAAACCGUAGACCAAGAGGAUGGAGAUGUCACUGAAGCAGAGCUGCAAGUGCCUAUGUUUAGAACACACAAACUUACAGAGAGAUCCCGUGUGGAGGCUAUUUUAUAUUCCAGUAGGCUUGCUGCUAGAACUACCCCUAGGAGAGUUCAGGUCUCUUCAAUUUCCAAACAGGAUAAUGGCUGCACUCCCAAGGAGAGUACUCCCACAGUGUCUGCGAGUGCAGAAACAUUGACUGCUGGAGAUGUGGGAAUAGGUGAGAGUGAAGAGUAUGAUGAAAUAGAUUGCUCUCAACCAGUUCCCUCAAUUAUUUCUGGGCAUCAGGCUUUGAAGACUGCAGACCAGGAUGCUAACGUGGCUUCUCCCACAAAGCAGAUGAACAGUACACAAAAGGAGGAGUCAUCUGAGCAAAGGGUUGAGCUUCGUUCUGAUCAGAUGUCCUCUGUUCCCUCCAGAUCUGAGACUCAUAAAGUCUUAGUCCAGUCAUCUUGUCCAGAGGAGCAAUUAGACACUGGCUUUAAGAAACCCUUGUCACCGUCUUCUGCAUUUAAAAAGACCACAAACCAGCCAGGCACCAGUUCAGAUGCUGAGCUCACAAAAAUACCCAAGAUGGCAGAAAUAAGUACACCAUCAGCUUCAUCUGUUAUCGCCUCCUCUGCAGCAUCCACCUCAUCCACAUCCAGGGGCACAGAAAUCUCUUCACCCCCAUCCUUCCAGAUGCCAGCUCUAUUCAGUGGUUUGCGGGUUCUGAAGAAAGGAGGGGUAGGGGAAGACAGGGAGGUGGUGUCAGAGAUCAAGCAGAGGGAGAAAGAUGCUGAGCUGGCUCUGCUAAACCUCAAGAAGUCUGUAAACAAAGCCAAGCUCUUCCCUGAACAGAAGACAGCCUCUCCUGUGAAAAAACAAAUUGAGCCUAAAUCUGUUGCAGAAACUAAAAGCAAUGUAAUGGGACAACUCAGUCAGCUGCUUAACCUAGACGACAACGACGACACAAAAAACUCAGGUGAUGGGCAGGAGGCUGAUUCUUUAGGAAGCAAAAAGGAGUGUGCGCAUGGAGAAGUUGUUUCAGGAGAGAAAACUACAGGAUCAGAAAGUCCAGCUUCCACUCCUGUACAAAAGAAAACUUCUGACUUGGCUUAUGAAACCUUCAAGAACAUCUUUGGGCCCAAGACUGUUAAAAAGGAGAAGACAGAAGAUGUAGAUUUGGAAGCAGUGAAAAAGAAAAUAAAGAACGACAAGGAAAGUCUGAGGUCGAUAUUUGAGAGAACCUCCAAAUCUCCUGUCAAGGAGGUCAAAAGUCCCAAAGAAGCCUUUACUGAAGUCACGUCUCCCACAGACAGUGAGGACCGGACUCCAGGGCGUCUUCAGGCUGUGUGGCCGCCACCCAAAACUAAGGAUGAAGAAGAGAAGGUGGGGCUCAAGUACACCGAGGCAGAGCACCAGGCUGCCCUCUUGCAGCUGAAGAGAGAGUGCAAGGAAGAGCUGGAAAGGAUGCAUGCUGACUUUGAACUUAAGAUCUUCCAGCUGCGAGGUGAGCAUGCCGUCUCAAUAUCACACCUGGAGGGAGUCGUUGCUAAGAUGCAAAGAGACAAUUCAUACAACACAGGACAGGAGCGCAGUGAGGUCCGCGAUGUUGCUGUGUCCACUGGUGAUGACCCCGUACCCAAGACCUGCCGCACUGUGGGUAUCCAGACAGACAGGGAGACCUUCAUUAAGAGCCCCGAGGGUGAGGGAGGUGGACUCGCUCAAAGCCCCGGUCAGAACCUACCUAAAAAACUCAACCUGGACUCUCUCGGACUUAAUCUUAAAGCCGAAAUGGGGCCAGUGCCUUCUGGACCACCACCACCACCACCUCCUCCUCCUCCCCCACCCCCACCAGGUUUCUCAGGGCCACCAAUACCCCCUCCUCCUCCUCCACCUCCUCCUCCUUUGCCAGGCAACACCGGAGCCCCACCGCCACCUCCUCCACCACCUCCUCCUCCUCCUGGAGGUGGCCCACCACCCCCACCGCCCCCUCCCGGCCUACCUGGCAUUGGCCCACCUCCUCCACCCCCUCCUCCAGGCUUGGGCCCCCCACCUCCUCCACCUAUGGGGGGGUUUAGCUUCGGCCAGAAAGUGGAGAAGGCUCCACGGAAACCUGCCGUUGAGCCUGCCUGUCCCAUGAAGCCUCUGUAUUGGACCAGGAUACAGCUGCAGGACAAUAAUAACAACACUCUGUGGUGCUCGCUGGAGGAGCCAGACAUUGUCAACACCAAGGAGUUUGAGGAUCUUUUCUGUAAGGCUGCCCUGCAACCGAAGAAGAAGCCCCUGUCGGACAGUUAUGAGAAGAAAGCCAAAACUAAGAAGAUUAUCAAACUGCUGGAUGGGAAGCGUUCACAGGCGGUUGGCAUCCUGAUAUCAAGCCUGCAUCUGGAGAUGAAAGACAUUCAGCAAGCUGUUCUUAAUGUGGACAAUUCUGUGGUGGACUUGGAGACAAUUGAGGCUUUAUAUGAAAAUAGGGCCACCAGUGAUGAGAUGGAAAAGAUAACGAGGCAUUAUGAGACUUCCAAAGAAGAUGAAGUCAAACUGCUGGACAAACCUGAACAGUUUCUCUAUGAACUCUCUCAAAUUCCUGACUUUGCGAGCCGAGCCCGCUGUAUCAUCUUCCAGUCAGUGUUCCUCGACACCGUCUCGUCUAUACGUCGCAAGGUGGAGAUAAUCUCCAAUGUCAGCAAAGAAUUGCUCGAGUGCAACAGUUUGCGGGAUAUAAUAGGUCUCGUUCUGGCCUUUGGGAACUAUAUGAAUGGAGGGAACAGGACGAGAGGUCAGGCUGAUGGCUUCGGACUGGAGAUCCUUCCCAAGCUAAAGGACGUCAAGAGCAGGGACAAUCACAUCAACUUAGUGGAUUACGUGGUUUUAUACUACCUGCGUAAUUUUGACAUGCAUGCUGGUACAGAAAAGAGUGUAUUCCCUCUGCCAGAGCCUCAGGAGUUCUUCCAGGCUUCUCAGGUUAAGUUUGAUGACCUCACCAAAGACCUCAGAAAACUCAAGAAAGAUCUGACUGCAUGCGAGAAGGAUGUGCAGAAGGUCUGCGCUAACUCAUCAGACGAACACCUGCAGCCUUUCAAGGAGAAGAUGGAGGGAUUCGUCUGUGCUGCUCAGAAGGAGCAUUCUGCUGAAGAGGACCAGCUUAAUGCAGCACAGAAGAGUUUCCAGGACAUGGUGAACUACUUUGGUAUUAAGCCAAAGUCCGGGGAGAAAGAAGUGACUCCGAGUUACGUCUUUAUGCUCUGGUAUGAAUUCUGCAAUGAUUUCAAGAACACUUGGAUACGGCAAAGCAAGAACAUCUCCAAGGAAAGGUUGAAGGAAGCUCAAGAAAACAUCAAGAAGAUCACAGCAGAGAAGAGAGUCGAGACCAAGAAGAUCAACGCCAACAGUCUGAAAGAGAAGCUGCGGCAGAAGGAAGCCAGCGUGUCCUCCAGCUGAGCGAAAUGGGUCACAGAAGAAGAAGAAAUGAGGAACGGUGGUGGUGGUGCUCAGAAAGCUAGCUGAUGAGAGAGAGUGCAGCUUCCUUCCAUCCUGCAGUUACCACCUGCCUCAGUAGCACUGGACCUACCCUCUGUGCCCCGUAUGGACUCACAAUAAAACACGGUCAGACUUUUACUACUCCCACUGCCGUAUCAUACCCCGCUAACAGCACUGGACACCCCCUCCCUUCCCCUGUUCUCUACCACCUUUGUGUCGAAGCUUUUUGGCACAACCCCAGUAGUGAGGAUGAUUGGCUGACACAGCCGCAGCGAGGCGAGUCAUAAAGGCCAAAGGUUGACCUCAUUCAUCCAGCAUGGCGUGACCUCUGAGUGCCCAGCUUGUGAAAGGUCUCCAGGGUUCAGUGGGAUGCACAGCAAAGCCAGCUGACACAUCCACAAGCUUCCUCCUGGACCUUCAGAAGCACGAGAAUAGUUUCUUUUCCAAACUGUAGCAGGUAGCAUUUAUAUUAAACUAUCCUCCAACACAGUCUGUGUUUUUCAGGCAUUGUUGUCCAUCUACAAACAGAUUUGGCUUCCUGGAAGUGUCUGCUGGGCAGAAAAAUCACUGUAGAGAAAACAGAUCUCUCACCCAGCCCAUUCCCUGUGUGUUUUGCUGUAGCGAGUAGCUUUUCAUUCACCACGGCUCAGUAAAAGUCUUGUAAAUAUGUCAUGUUGGCAGGGACUGUACAGCUUUGAGAAAUAUGAUAAGUUAUCUACGCUGGGCUUUAAGCGCGGAUGAAGACGUGUAGAAAUUGUCUAUAAGUUGGGUGAGUGUUUAAAAGAAAAAAAAAAAAAGAAUUUGGAGGUUUUGCUGUAUUGUGUGUUGCACUGCACCAGACUGACCUCUCCUGGGUGACGGCCAGAGGACAGCAGAAGCUGGCAACAAGUCAGUCUCGGCUCACAGAACAUCGUACUUCAGAAAACAUCAGAACGACACAACAGGUUCUGGCACUCGCUGACAGUUUUAAAGAGAAGUUAUUAAUCCUCCAUUGAGUGCUGUACAUCAUGUUGCGUCCAUCUCAGUUUUAAGCUGCUUGCUUUAGCUGUAUGUUGUCGCACGCUGGUUUACACACGCGCGCGCGAGCACAGCAUUGCUAACCGUGUGUCUUUAUUUCAGCUGUCUCGCACUUUUUUUGCACCUCUUUUCCUAUGCAAGAGUAGAGUUUGCUGUUAGAAAAUGUAUAAAUUCUAUUUCUUCAUGACAAAAUCCUAUUUUAUUUUUGAAAAAAGUGUAAUAAGAUCAUGCUUUAUUUUCACAGAGAUGUAAGAUGUAGCUAUGCUCCUGUGUCAUUCAAGAAAAUUCUAUUUAUGUAAGAAAAUAAUUCUUUUAUGCCCAAGAAAAAGGCUUUGCCCCCCUUUAUUCUAUAUUUUUGAGUGGUAACUGGAUUGACUAAGAAGUCGUUUGACGGGUCAGUCAAUUAAUGGAUAUAUUUUAUGUAUUCUGUAAGGUAUUUUUUUGAGUGAGUUUAUGGAAGUCGACUGUUGUGCACGGAAUAAAGAUAAAGUUUAAUUGUUUACAUUUGGAGUAACGAUGAGUGCAUUUUGAGUACUGAGAACAUUUAAGAUUAUCACCUCAAGCCAUGUGAGUUGUUAUACCUCAGAUUUUCAUUGUUACCCUAUCCAUAAACUGCCCCAUCAAUUGCUUGUUUUUACUCUCCAAAGUCUUUCACCUGUGCCAUUUCUUUUGUAUAAAAAUAUGUAUAAGUCAAAACUUUAAAUUGCUCUAUUUUACUCCCAGAGGGUCGGAAAAACAAAACAAAAAGCAAAUACUGACCAAGGAAUUGUUGUAGCCUCUACUGUAUGUAUGUCGGUUCAUGUAACCUUCAGUAGCUCUCAUGUAAAUGCUUUGUAAGUUUAUGGAAUUGUUUUAAAUUUCAAGAAUAAACUAUUGGAUGCCGAAUAAGUCGACGAUGACGUGGACUCUGAAAGAGAUGUUAAUGCGGAUUCUUCUGGUUUCCUGCUGUCAACACCUCGAUUUAGCCCUGCGCUGUGAAAAUGUGAUAUUUAUGUAAGGAACCUGAGUCAUUUGAUGAUGCAUAAUUCAGCUAAGACUGUUCAAUAAACUGAGUCAGAAUUGCGUCGUGCCUUUUUGUGGGAAAUUAAAUAUUGUUCCUGGAAAUCUCCCUGAAAUAAAAUAAAUGGGAGGAAUUUCUCACAGCAUUGGUUUAACAUUGAAUGGCAGAUGCAUAUUAAAAUUCAGAAGUGGUGUUACAUAUUUA